AGGAAGGAAAGAGGGGGGGGUCUUCCCUCCAAGGAGCACCUGCUUCCGUCCCUUUCUUUGCUUGGAUGCGGCUUCAGGGUUGAGUCCAAGCCAGGACCGGUUUUGGUGUCACCUCUUUUGGAUGCUCUCCUCUGCAACCCUUCAAGCUCUUGAAGCAGAACCAUCCAGACAAAACAAAGCUUGAGAUUGGGAAGGAAAGCCUCUUAUUGUCAUGAUCCCUCCAUCUUUAUCAUCAUCACUCCAUCUUUUCUUACCCUAGCAUGGCCUUCGGGUCUCCUCCAAAGCCUCCUCCAAAGCCAGCUCCUUCUGGGCACGUUUGGGACCCUUUCUUCCCCCUUCUCCGUUCUUCUUAGGACAUCCCAUGCCCUUUUGAGCCAACCGAGGACAAUGUUGUGAUGUUGGAGGUGGCUUAAGGCUCUCCACAUUGUAGGUUCCAAGCUCAGGGCCCACCUAACGCUCCAGAUUGGGCGAGUGAGUCACGACGACAACGCUGCACCGUUGGUUCCAAUCUCUGGGCCCACCUCAAGCUUGGGCCAGAUCGGGCGAGUGAGUCACGACGACGACAACAACGCUGCAGUCGUGGGUUGCUUCCCUGUGGAUCGCAUUUGGAACAAGAAGCCCACAGCAUCAAGGAUUGAAAGAACGAGAGACCGAUACCAACCUUGAUCCCAAAGCCCCAAGGAUGUUAUAAUGGAUUUGGAGACGUUGCUUUGGGGAUCUCCAGACAGCAAUGCCUGGAUUGUUUACAAGUUGACUGUUUUGCCUUUCUUUAAUCCCACCUUCCCAUCUGCAAACUUGUGAAAGAGCCCAGCUGUCCAAACAGUGGACCUGCCAAGGACAGGCAAUGUGUGCUCACCUUGAGGGCCCACCACCUACUGCUGUUGCUGAAACCAGGUGGAGAACGGGCCCUUCUGCUUCUGUUCCCACCACUGCUGUGGGUUUGGUCUCGCCGAAACAGUAACCCAAGGUGGACCUCGUUCUUUGAUGGCUUCUCUGCGGAGAGUGAAAGUCUUGCUGGUCUUGAACCUCAUCGCCGUGGCGGGCUUUGUCCUCUUCCUGGCCAAGUGUCGGCCCAUCGCGGUCAAACAUGGGGAGGCCUUCCACGAGGUGCGGCCCAGAGCGGGAGCCGCCAAUCUCUCCAACAUCCCCGUCCAGGACACCGUCUUGAAGAGGCUGUCCCUCCUUGAAGACAUUGUCUAUCGCCAGCUCAACGGUCUGUCCAAAUCCUUGGGGCUCAUUGAAGGCUAUGGUGGCCGUGGCAAAGGUGGCUUGCCUGCCACCCUUUCCCCUGGCGAGGAAGAGAAAGCAAAGGGACCCCAUGAGAAAUAUGGCUACAAUUCCUACCUGAGUGAAAAAAUAUCACUGGACCGCACGAUACCAGAUUAUCGACCAACCAAGUGUAAAGAGCUGAAAUACCCAAAGGAUCUCCCACAGAUUUCUAUUAUUUUUAUCUUUGUGAACGAGGCGUUAUCAGUCAUUCUGCGUUCGGUUCACAGUGCGGUGAAUCAUACUCCGGCUCACCUAUUGAAAGAGAUCAUUCUUGUAGAUGACAACAGUGACGAAGAGGAAUUGAAGGCACCACUAGAAGAAUACGUCAAUAAGCGGUACCCUGGCCUUGUGAAAGUAGUACGAAACCGGAAAAGGGAAGGCCUGAUCCGGGCUCGAAUUGAAGGAUGGAAAGUUGCAUCAGGUCAGAUCACUGGCUUCUUUGAUGCUCACGUCGAAUUCACAGCAGGCUGGGCUGAGCCUGUUCUCUCACGAAUCCAGGAAAACCGGAAAAGAGUCAUCCUUCCUUCUAUUGAUAAUAUCAAGCAGGAUACGUUUGAGGUUCAACGCUAUGAAAAUUCAGCCCAUGGAUACAGUUGGGAACUCUGGUGCAUGUACAUCAGUCCCCCAAAGGAUUGGUGGGAUGCUGGAGAUCCUUCCUUGCCAAUCAGGACUCCGGCUAUGAUUGGGUGCUCUUUUGUGGUGAACCGACAGUUCUUUGGUGAAAUUGGUCUUCUUGAUCCAGGAAUGGAUGUUUACGGUGGAGAGAAUAUUGAGCUUGGCAUUAAGGUAUGGCUCUGCGGAGGUAGCAUGGAAGUCCUUCCAUGUUCUCGGGUUGCACACAUUGAACGUAAGAAGAAGCCUUACAACAACAACAUUGGCUUCUACACGAAGAGGAAUGCCUUGCGGGUGGCCGAGGUGUGGAUGGACGAUUACAAGUCUCAUGUAUACAUUGCGUGGAAUCUUCCUCUGGAGAACCCGGGAAUUGACAUCGGAGACGUUUCUGAGCGAAAAGCCCUCCGAAAAAAUCUGAAGUGUAAGAACUUCCAAUGGUAUCUGGACCAUGUCUACCCAGAAAUGAGAAGAUAUAAUAAUACUGUCGCUUAUGGAGAGCUACGCAAUAAUAAAGUGAAAGACGUCUGCCUCGAUCAAGGACCACAGGAAAACCACACCGCAAUCCUGUAUCCAUGUCAUGGAUGGGGACCUCAGCUUGCCCGCUAUACCAAAGAAGGAAUUCUUCAUUUGGGUGCCCUUGGGACCACAGUCCUCUUGCCAGACACUCGCUGCUUGGUGGAUAAUAUGAAGAGCCGGUACCCUCAGCUCCUCGACUGUGACAAAGUGAAGAGCAGCCUGCACAAGCGGUGGAGUUUUAUCCAGCAUGGUGCGAUUCUAAAUAAAGGGACAGGACGCUGCUUAGAAGUUGAGAACAAAGGCAUUUCAGGUAUGGAGCUUAUUCUUCGAAGCUGCACGGGACAAAGGUGGACCAUUAAAAACAUUAUCAAUUGAAAGAAAAAAACGUCCUUCUUGAGCAAAGGAAGAUUUCGCAAAGACACCUUUCAACAAACUCUGCUCUGUUCAGAAUAUCAGGGAAGACUCUUUAUGGGAAGGGAAGAUUUACAUUUUUUAACUUGAUUACCUCUCUGCUGACGCCAACGGGAUGGCUGAAAAAAAAAAAUCCUCUCCAUGUGAAUAUUUCAUCACGCAAGACAUUUCGCAAGGAUUGUAAUUUAUGCGUGUAAAUGCUUCUGAGAUUGCAACAAACAUAUCGGAACAAUGGUUUUUAGCGGCGAGCGCGUUUUGUUCCUAGAGAGAGGGAGGAAUCGCAAAUGUAACGGCAACCAUUUCUCCAGGAUGACUUCGAAUAAAUUCUCAAGCUUA